GUAAGAAGGACAAUUCAAGGUGUGCAUAAAAUCGAUAAAAUGAUCAGCAACUGCGCAGUUUUCUCCGAUCUCACACAACAUGGUAAGCUGAAUCGAAAAGCUCUGGCAUCGCACUGCAGCCUAUCUACAUACUACGUGUCUAGUGCUAUCGGGAGGCGAAACCGUGAGUCCGCGAAAACUCCUCCUCGACGUUUCCCGCAAUUCGUCCAUUUUCACGUAAUCGCACAUGGUGUCACACCAGCGGGUAACCGUCAGCCUUCUAGAAAUCUAGAUUUACACCGAUUUAGCGUAUACUAACUCACUCCCGAGCCUGUUAAAUGCAUGACACUGAGGAUAUGCCGGCCGAUGCCGAUUUCGACGAGGAGGAACCGUCGUUCAGCGACCCAGAAGACUUCGAAGAUGACAUCGACGAUGAGGGUGAGCAAACGCAGGAAAGAUGCCGGUUUUUUUUGCGGCCUGUAGAGCUAGCUAGUUGGGUUAGUUUAGCUAGCUGUUUUAGCUUAUGUAGCUAGCUACAAGGCUAUCAUUGCUAACUAUCUAGCAAAAUACAAUACAUGUAAUGUAAACCAAAUGUAUAUAAAUAAUUGUUGUUGAAAUAUUUAUUUAUAUUUUUUUGAAGGGUCAACGUAAAGAUCAGCUAACGAUCACUUUUGAGAACGUUCGUAAAAGUGAUAAUGUUAGCUAGCUACAGUAGUUGCUAAGCUAACAGUGGGAUUCAUUCAUGCUUCGCCCAUCCACUCAAAAGUGGUCCAUACAAAUGGCGUAGCAAAGAAGAACCAUGUACGCCGGUGACAUUUUACACCUUUGUUUGCUAGCUAUGUUAUUAUUGUAAACAAUCUGUAACAAACGCUAGUAGACCUGUUUUUGUCUCCAGUUGUUAGCUACCUUGAAGCGGGACAUUCUGACGCCCCGACGUCAGUGCAUUACUAGCUACUGUUAGCUAACGUAACUACCAGCUGUCAGAUAAUGGUGAACUCAGCAGUGUUUAUAAAGUACCGCAACAUAACCCAAACUACAUCCUCACAGCCUUUACCCUAGUUUAAUUUUCAGCAGGUGUGGCGCUAAGACCCCCAAAGCAACAUGUAUAGGUCUUUUGGCACACAAAUGGUCAAUUGACUUUCUGGGUGACAACAGAGCUAACUUAGGUGACAUGGCCUCCAGUUAAUUGUUCAAACAUGUAAAAAUGUAUGCGCGCACACGAAUCGCUUUGGAUAAAUGUGUCUUCUAAAUGGCAUUAUUAUUACAUGGGGCCAUCUUUGUCUCUACACAAUCAAUGGUAUGGAAAACACUGGUUUGAUAAACUACCACACCAACUAACAAUCUCUUUUCCCUCCACCCUCUCCCCUCAUCCAUCCUUCCCCCUCAUCCAUCCCUCCAACCCCACCCCUCCAUCCCCCUGUAGAGUUGCUGGGUGACCUGCUGCGGGAGAAGCCCCAGGAGGCAGACGGGAUAGACUCUGUGGUUGUCGUGGACAACGUGCCCCAGGUCGGCCCCGAGCGCCUGGAGAAGCUGAAGAACGUCAUCCACAAGAUAUUCUCCAAGUUCGGCAAGAUCACUAACGAGUUCUACCCGACGGUAGAGGGACCUGAAGGACUCACUAAGGGGUGAGUAGCAGGGUGUAGGGAGGCUGUAGUAGGGCUGUAGUAGGGGUGUAGUAGGGGUGUAGGGAGGCUGUAUAGGAGGCUGUGUAUAGGUGAGGAGGCUGUAGUAGGGGUGUAUAGGGUGUAGUAGGGUGUAGGGAGGCUGUAGUAGGGGGUGUAGGGAGGCUUAGUAGGUGAGCUUAGGUAGGGUGUAGGGAGGCGUGUAGUAGGGGUAGGCUGUUAGGGGUGUAGGAUGGUGGGAUAGUAGGGUGUAGGGAGGCUGUAGUGGGGCUGUAGUAGGGAAGGCUGUAGUAGGGUGGCGUAUGGGGUGUAGGGAGCUGUAGUAGGGGUGUGUAGGGAGGCUGGUGUAGGGAGGCUGUAGUAGGGGUGUAGGGAGGCUGUAGUAGGGGUGUAGGGAGGCUGUAGUAGGGUGUGUAGGGGUGUAGUAGGGGUGUAGGGAGGCUGUAGUAGGGAGGCUGUAGUAGGGGUGUAGGGAGGCUGUAGUAGGGAGCUGUAGUAGGGGUGUAGUAGGGGUGUAGGGAGGCUGUAGUAGGGAGGCUGUAGUAGGGGUGUAGGGAGGCUGUAGUAUGGGAGGCUGGUGUAGGGGUGCAGGGAGGCUGUAGUAGGGGUGUAGGGAGGCUGUAGUAGGGAGGCUGUAGUAGGGGUGUAGGGAGGCUGUAGUAGGGGUGUAGUAGGGGUGUAGGGAGGCUGUAGUAGGGAGGCUGUAGUAGGGGUGUAGGGAGGCUGUAGUAGGGGUGUAGUAGGGGUGCAGGGAGGCUGUAGUAAGGGGUGUAGGGAGGCUGUAGUAGGGGUGUAGGGAGGCUGUAGUAGGGGUGUAGGGAGGCUGUAGUAGGGGUGCAGGGAGGCUGUAGUAGGGGUUAGUAGGGGUGCUGUAGGGAGGCUGUAGUAGGGGUGUAGGGUAGGGGCUGUAGUAGGGAGGCUGUAGUAGGGGGGUGUAGGGAGGCUGGUAGUAGGGGUGUAGGGAGGCUGUAGUAGGGGUGCAGGAGGCUGGUGUAGGGGUGUAGUGUAGGAGGCUGUAGUAGGGGUGUAGGGAGGCUGUAGUAGGGAGCUGUAGUAGGGGUGCAGGGAGGCUGUAGUAGGGGUGUAGGGAGGCUGUAGUAGGGAGGCUGUAGUAGGGGUGUAGGGAGGCUGUAGUAGGGGUGUUGGAGGCUGGUAGUAGGGAGGCUGUAGUAGGGGUGUAGGGAGGCUGUAGUAGGGGUGUAGUAGGGGUGUAGGGAGGCUGUAGUAGGGAGGCUGUAGUAGGGGUGUAGGGAGGCUGUAGUAGGGGUGUAGUAGGGGUGUAGUAGGGGUGUAGGGAGGCUGUAGUAGGGAGGCUGUAGUAGGGGUGUUGGGAGGCUGUAGUAGGGAGGCUGUAGUAGGGGUGUAGUAGGGGUGCAGGGAGGCUGUAGUAGGGGGUGUAGUAGGGAGGCUGUAGUAGGGGUGUUGGGAGGCUGUAGUAGGGAGGCUGUAGUAGGGAGGCUGUAGUAGGGGUGCAGGGAGGCUGUAGUAGGGGUGUAGUAGGGGUGCAGGGAGGCUGUAGUAGGGGUGUAGGGAGGCUGUAGUAGGGGUGUAGUAGGGGUGUAGUAGGGAGGCUGUAGUAGGGAGGCUGUAGUAGGGAGGCUGUAGUAGGGGUGCAGGGAGGCUGUAGUAGGGGUGCAGGGAGGCUGUAGUAGGGGUGCAGGGAGGCUGUAGUAGGGAGGCUGGUGUAGGGGUGUAGUAGGGGUGUAGGGAGGCUGUAGUAGGGAGGCUGUAGUAGGGGUGUAGGGAGGCUGUAGUAGGGGUGUAGUAGGGGUGUAGAGUUGUCACGAUACUAAGAAGUGAGGGAGGAAAGAACAUGAAGCAGACUCAAUGUCUUGAGGAAAACAGUCCUAAUGUUGGGGGGAAAACAGCCUUGUGUUUGUCAACCACAGAGUUUUACCCCAAGGCUGACACGCACUAAAGUGACUGUUAGCUAGCUAUGUUUGUUCUGUUACGGAUGGAGGUGGAGGACAUAGCCUCUAGAUAGAAGGGUGGAGGACAUAGCCUCUAGAUAGAAGGGUGGAGGACAUAGCCUCUAGAUAGAAGGGUGGAGGACAUAGCCUCUAGAUAGAAGGGUGGAGGACAUAGCCUCUAGAUAGAAGGGUGGAGGACAUAGCCUCUAGAUAGAAGGGUGGAGGACAUAGCCUCUAGAUAGAAGGGUGGAGGACAUAGCCUCUAGAUAGAAGGGUGGAGGACAUAGCCUCUAGAUAGAAGGGUGGAGGACAUAGCCUCUAGAUAGAAGGGUGGAGGACAUAGCCUCUAGAUAGAAGGGUGGAGGACAUAGCCUCUAGAUAGAAGGGUGGAGGACAGGAUGUAGCGAGGUGUAGGACAUUGCACUCAGAUGUACUCUAUCUAGAGGCUGAGUUUUACACUUGUCUGCCCUGGAAUUGCAGCAUCCGUGUACUAGCAUGCAGGUGGCUCUGUGUACAUGUACCUGCUAGCUGAAGCAUUCUUGGAAAUAAUCAACAAUUGGUUUGUCAUUCCAGGUUAGAGAACUUACAUUCCCAUACAGUCAUGUGGAUUCACUUUUUGACAACUUGAGAAAGUUACACAUUAUGAUGCAUAACUAGUUAAUGUCCUAAUUCGUAUCCUUCUGUAGGUGUAUCUUCCUGGAGGAUCCCACCCAGACCAAUAGUUAGUCAACCUGUAGUUCAUGUUAUGUCUCCUCUGUAGGUACAUCUUCCUGGAGUAUGGAGCUCCUACUCAGGCUCUGGAGGCAGUGAAGAACGCUGACGGCUACAAGCUGGACAAGCAGCACACCUUCAGAGUCAACGUGUUCACCGACUUCGACAAGUAAGAAGACUCAAACACACAGGGGGGUUCAGGGCAUCAUUCCAGCUGUUAUAGGGGUGUCUGGUUAGUGUUGGGUCAUCUAGGCAAAACGUGGCAGAAACGUUUGACAUGGAUAUACGUGAUUAUAGAAAUGUCUGCUGUGGAUUUGUGAUGUUGUGCCCCAGGUACAUGAGUAUCAGUGAUGAGUGGGAGACUCCGGAGAAGCAGCCCUUCAAGGACUUUGUGAGUGUUACCAACUGUCACUUCAACCACCCAUUCAGAGAAUACCCAGCCGGUGUUGUAGAGGAAGAAGUCAUCGCUAACGGUGACUUCCUGUUUGUGUUGCCAGGGUAACAUGCGUCACUGGAUGGAGGAUCCUGACUGUCGUGACCAGUACAGCGUCAUCUACGAAUCAGGAGAGAGGACCGCCAUCUUCAACAACGACGCCAAGGAUCCAAUCGUCUCCGAGGAGAGGGCGGUGAGUCAACCGUUCAACCAAUCACGACAGCGCAGUGAGACGAUGGUUCAACCAAUCAGAAUUGUUUCUGCACUGAUCAUUCUACAUCUACAGAUGGACUUUGAGGGCCUUGAUGCUUAAAAGUAGUGAGAUCUAACUAACAACUAGAAGGCUUGAUUGUCUAAUCAAAAUGUCUGCCGUGGUGUAUAUUAAUUGAUUUUGAGAUUGUGCUGUGACUGUGUUGUGUCCCUGUAGCGCUGGACGGAGACGUAUGUCCGCUGGUCUCCCAAGGGAACCUACCUGGCCACGUUCCACCAGCGAGGCAUUGCAUUGUGGGGUGGAGAGAAGUUCAAGCAGAUCCAACGUUUCAGCCACCAGGGGGUGUCUCUGAUCGACUUCUCCCCCUGUGAGAGGUAACCAAUCACAUUAUCAAUAACCUAUAAUCAAUAACUAGAGAUUCAUCCACCAGGGAGUGUCUCUGAUCGACUUCUUCCCCUGGGAGAGGUAACCAAUCACUAAUUAAUAAUCAAUGCCUGUCUAUAUCACAUCUAUGAAGCCUUAUGAAGCUACAUUAAGUUGUUAUAAUGCUUCAUUCCCUGAUGGAAACUGAGGACCCUCAGGCCAUAAUGUAACUAUGUAGUCUAAUUUUAAAAUAUAUAUCUUAAAAUAAAAAACAAUAAAAAAAAAACAAUAUAUAAAACAAAUGAAAAUUAAAAAUAUACUCUAAAAUUAUAAAUUAGAAAAAUAUAUAUAAAAAAAAAUAAUAAUAAUUGUAAAGUGGUUGUCCCACUGGCUAUCAUAAGGUGAACGCACCAAUUUGUAAGUCGCUCUGGAUAAGAGCGUCUGCUAAAUGACGUAAAUGUAAUGUAAAAUGUAAAGAAUGCUUGGUAGGUACAGGUAACUGCCAAAAUAAAGGAAACCCCAACAUAAAGUGUCUUAACAGGUCGUUGGGCCACCAAGAGCCAGAACAGCUUCAGUGCUCCUUGGCAUAGAUUCUCCAAGUGUCUGGAACUCUAUUGGAGGGAUGUGACACCAUUCUUCCACAGGAAAUUCCAUCAUUUGAUGUUUUGUUGAUGGUGGUGGAAAACGCUGUCUCAGGCGCCGCUCCAGAAUCUCCCAUAAGGGUUAAAUUGGGUUGAGAUCCAGUGACUGAGACACAAACUCCCUUUAAACCCCCUACGCUCCUUUGAGACACCUCUUUCAAAGUCUCUGAGAUCUCUUCUUAUAGCCAUGGUAGCCAAGAUAAUGGUCAACUGGGCAUUUUUAUACAUGUUAAUUGCUUAAUUAACUCAGGAACCACAGCUGUGUGGAAGCACCUGCUUUCAAUAUACGUUGUAUCCCUCAUUGACUCAAGUGUUUCCUUUAUUUUGGCAGUUACAUGUACGCGGUGAGCCUAGUGUGGUUAUAACCUGUCUGUCAGCUGUAUGAAGCCUUAUGAAGCUACAUAAAUGUGUUAUAAGCGCCUGUUAAGCGACUUUGGGGUCCCUGAAAAGCGCUAUAUGCGUCCCAUGUAUUGAUGUUAUUGUUAUAAUGCUUGGUAGGUACGUAGUGACAUUCAGUCCCCUGAUGGACACUAAGGAGGACCCCCAGGCCAUCAUCAUCUGGGACAUUCUGACUGGCCAGAAGAAGAGAGGCUUCCACUGUGAGAGUUCUGCCCACUGGCCCAUCUUCAAGUAAGGACCAAUUACACACCUCCCUUUCUGUCUUCAUGUCUUUCUUUCUGUCUCUCUUUCUCCUGUUCCUGUCUUUCCAUCUUCAAGUAGCUAAGAACUGUAGCAGAACUUGUUUCUCUCACGUUGGGUCUUGGUUCUGUCCCUAAACUGCAGUGUUGUAAUGUGGGUGUGUCUUGGUUCUGUCCCUAAACUGCAGUGUUGUAAUGUGGGUGUGUCUUGGUUCUGUCCCUAACUGCAGUGUUGUAAUGUGGGUGUGUCUUGGUUCUGUCCCUAACUGCAGUGUUGUAAUGUGGGUGUGUCUUGGUUCUGUCCCUAACUGCAGUGUUGUAAUGUGGGUGUGUCUUGGUUCUCUCCCUAACUGCAGUGUUGUAAUGUGUGUGUCUCUCCAGGUGGAGUCACGAUGGGAAGUUCUUUGCCAGGAUGACCCAGGACACACUGAGCAUCUACGAGACCCCAGUAAGUCCACACCAACACACAUUAUCUAUUGUAGCAGACCCCAGUAAGUCCACACCAACACACAUUAUCUAUUGUAGCAGACCCCAGUAAGUCCACACCAACACACAUUAUCUAUUGUAGCAGACCCCAGUAAGUCCACACCAACACCCAUUAUCUAUUGUAGGAGACCCCAGUAAGUCCACACCAACACACAUUAUCUAUUGUAGGAGACCCCAGUAAGUCCACACCAACACACAUUAUCUAUUGUAGGAGACCCCAGUAAGUCCACAUUAUCUAUUGUAGGAGACCCCAGUAAGUCCACAUUAUCUAUUGUAGGAGACCCCAGUAAGUCCACAUUAUCUAUUGUAGGAGACCCCAGUAAGUCACCUUUACAUUUCUCCUCAGUGACCAGCCCCACUAACAGUCUGAAUUCUACUGAGUGUCUCUGUAUCUAAAACAGACUGAUACGUUGAUACUUAACAAGCUGUUUUUUCCUUUCAUAGUCCAUGGGCCUGUUGGACAAGAAGAGUCUGAAGAUCACUGGUAUCAAGUAAGUCAUGUCUUUAUGCUAGGGGUGUUAACCCUUAAUCGGUUAGUUAUAUCUGUCAUCAAGUAAGUCAUGUCUUUAUGCUAGGGGUGUUAACCCUUAAUCGGUUAGUUAUAUCUGUCGUCAAGUAAGUCAUGUCUUUAUGCUAGGGGUGUUAACCCUUAAUCGGUUAGUUAUAUCUGUCAUCAAGUAAGUCAUGUCUUUAUGCUAGGGGUGUUAACCCUUAAUCGGUUAGUUAUAUCUGUCAUCAAGUUAGUCAUGGUCGUUGAUGCUAGGGGUGUUUAACCCUUAAUCCGGUUAGUUAUAUCUGUCAUCAAGUAAGUCAUGUCCUUUAGACUGGGGGGUCCUUAACACUGUAAAUCCGGUUAGUGUUAUAUCUGUCCAUCAAGUAAAGUGCAUGGCCUUUAAUGCUGAGGGGUGGUUAACCCUUAAAUCGGUUUAGUUAUAUCUGUCAUCAAGUAAGUUCAUGUCGUUAUACUAAGGGGUGUUACCUAGUGGUGUUUAUCUGUCUCGUAGUAUGUCUUUAUGCUAGGGGUGUUACUAUCGGUAGUUACUGUCUAGUAAUAUGUCUUUAUACUAGGGGUGUUUAUCGGUUAGUUAAUGUCCUUUAUACAGGUGUUUAUCUUAGUAAUUCCUUUAUCGGGUAGUUUAUCUGUUCAGUAAUUGUCUUUAUACUAGGGGUGUUUAUCGGUUAGUAAUGUCUUUAUACUAGGGGUGUUACCCUUAUCGGUUAGUUAUUCUGUAUCAAGUGUAUGUUUUAUCAGGGUUAAUUAAUGUCGUUAUUACUACUGUAUCGUAGUCAUGUCUUAUAUGGGUUUUAACCUACGGUUGUUUAUCUGUCUCAAGUAAGUAUGUCUUUAUCUAGGGGUGUUACCUUAAUCGGUUAGUUAUAUGUCAUCAUUAAUCAUCUAGGGUGUACUUAAUCGGUUAGUAAUCUGUCUCAAUUAUAUGCAUCUUUGGAGUAGGGGUGUUUAUAGCCUAUCAGUUAUUUGACUAGUUUUAUCUGGUUCUUAUCGGUUAGUCUUUCUGUGCAUCUUAGUAUGUCUUUAUACUAGGGUUGAUGUUCAUAACUAUCUAGGCUAUACCGUUGUACUGUUAAUACUAGGCUUGCUAUUUUCUGUUCAAUACAGCUAUACUUUUGACUGUAAGCCAUAGGGCUUGCUAUUGUUGAUGUCUAUACAGGUUAGUUUACUGUAAGCUAUAGCUGUAUCGUUGUAAUGUCUUAUACAGGUAUAGCCUUUUGUGUAAGACAUAGCUUCUUUUACUAGGUGUUGCUAUGUUCAUAACAGGUCUUAUAAGCUUUUACGGUUAGACCAUACUUGCUAUUUUCAUGUUAUACAGUCUAAUAGGCCUUUUUACUGGUAAGAGCCAUACCUUGCUAUUGUUGUAAGCUUUAAUAGAGUCUUUAUACUAGCCUUUUGACUGUAACCAAGCUUGCUAUGUUGCAUGUUCAAUAAAAGGCUAUAGCCUUUUGACUGUAAGGCCAUAGCCUUGCUAUUGUUGCAUGUUCAAUAACGGCUAUAGCCUUUUGACUGUAAGACCAUAGCCUUGCUAUUGUUGCAUGUUCAAUAACAGGCUAUAGCCUUUUGACUGUAAGACCAUAGCCUUGCUAUUGUUGCAUGUUCAAUAACAGGCUAUAGCCUUUUGACUGUAAGACCAUAGCCUUGCUAUUGUUGCAUGUUCAAUAACAGGCUAUAGCCUUUUGACUGUAAGACCAUAGCCUUGCUAUUGUUGCAUGUUCAAUAACAGGCUAUAGCCUUUUGACUGUAAGACCAUAGCCUUGCUAUUGUUGCAUGUUCAAUAACAGGCUAUAGCCUUUUGACUGUAAGACCAUAGCCUUGCUAUUGUUGCAUGUUCAAUAACAGGCUAUAGCCUUUUUGAUGUAAGCCCAUACCCUUUGCUAUUUUGCAGUUAAUAACGGUUGUUUUUAUUAAGCCCUUUUUUUGGGAAAACAGUAAUUUUGUUAAAACCAUACUUGCUAUUUUUGCAUUUCAAAACGGUAUACCCUUUUUGACGUAAGCCAUAGCCUUGUAUUGUUGCAUUUUUUUAUUAAGCUCUAGAGGGAAAUUCGUCCUGUAUGCAUGCAGAGUAUUAUCUGUUGGCCAUGUCAUUUUACUGUUAACGUAUUACCUGUACGUCCUGUGUGUGUGUGUAUAUAAAUCCUCCCCUUCUGUAGGGACUUCUCCUGGUCCCCAGGUGAUGACAUCACAGCGUUGUAUAAAUCCUCUCCUCCCCUUCUGUAGGGCUUCUCCGGGCCCCCCGGGGUGAAAAAAUAAAAGGUGUAUAAACCCCCCUCCCUUCUGUGGGACUUCUUGGUCCCAGGUGAAAACAUCACACGUUUGGGUCCCUGAGGACAAAGAUUCCCAGCCGGGGUGCCCUUGAGCAGCUUCCCUCCAGACGGGAGUCAAGUCGGGAAAACCUCUUCAAUGUGGUCGACUGUAAACUACACUGGCAGAGACAGGGAGACUACCUCUGUGUCAGGGGACCCACACCAAAGGAACUAGGUUAGGAGGGGAGGGGGGGGGGCGGGGGGGGUGGGGGGAAGGGUGGGGGGGUGUAAAAUGUGACUGCAUUAUGUUAAAACCAUAUACAAGUUCCCUCCCCUCCCUCGGGUUGGUGCCCAAAUUUUGAGAUCUUAGGAGAAGAAAAAGGGGUUUGUUGAUGGUUUUAAUAAAGGGAGACCCGGAAUCCAAAAUGUUACACGAUAAACGGAGGGGGAACCUCAAAGACAGGCAGACAGAAACACACUCGACAGAAGGCGACAAAAACACACUCUGACGCAGAAGACAGAAACCACACUGACAGACAGACAGACAGACAGAAAACACACGACAACAGGCAGACAAAAACACAUUUUACAAACUGGGUAUGUAAACCCCAUGGGUGUAGUAACACCACUGGGGGUGUAUAACACCACAGGUGUGUAACACAACUGGUAUGUAACACCAUGGGUGUGUAACACCACUGGGUGUAGAAAACACCACUGGUUAGAAAACACCAUAGUACACCACUGGGUGUAGUAAAAAAACUAGUAACACCAGGGGUAUAGUAACACCACGGGUAUAGUAAACACCCAGAACCAUGGGUUAGAAACCCACGGAUUGAACCACCCAGAACACCACGGGUUGUAAAUCCCCUGGGUAAGAAACACCACUGGGUAUAUAAACCCUAUUAACACACUGGGUGUAUAACACCACGGGGUUUGUAACCCCACUAUUAAAACACCACUGGGUAUGUAACACCAUGUAACCCCCACUGGGUUAGUAACCCCAUGGGUAUAGUAAACCAUAGGUUAGAACACCAGGGUUAGAAAACCCCCACUAGAACACCCUGGUUAUAACACCACUGGGUAAGUAAACCCACAGGAUAGAAACCCCCUGGGUAUAAUAACACCACUAGGUAUAGUAACACCAUAGGUGUAGUAACACCACUGGUUAGUACACCACGGGGUAUAGUGAACACCACUGGUAUAGUAACACACUAGUAAAAACACUAGGUAUAGUAACACCAGGGAUGUAACCACUGUAAACCAUAGGUAUUAAACACUAUAACCUUGGACUGUAAACCAUAGUUGCACUGGUUGCACCAUGUCAAUAACAGCUAUACCUUUUGACUGUAAGACCAUGCCUUGCUACACUGUUGCAUGUUCAAAACAGGCUAUAGCCUUUUGACUGUAAACCACUUGUACUUUGCAUUUCAUCACUAUGCCUUUUGACUGUACGACCAUGCGAUGUGUGUUCCUAUUAGCUCUACAUGGAAAUGUCCGUUCCUUGUAUGCAUCAGAUUUUACCUGUAGCCAGUCAUUAUUAACUGGUUAAUGUAUUACCUGUACAUCCAUGUGGGUGUAGUAUAAAUCCCUUUCCCCCCUUGUGUAGGGACUUCUCCUGGGUCCCCCAUGGUGAUGACACACAGGUUGUAUAAAUCCUCCCUCCCCUUCUGUCAAGGUGAUCUCCUGUCCCCAGGUGGAUAACACACAGCGUUGUAGUAACCCCUGUCCUCCCCUCUGUAGACAUCUCCUGUGUACCCCAGGUGAUAACAUCACAGCGUUCUGGUAGUCCCUGAUAGACAAAGGUAACCACCAGGGUGUGACCUGAGCAGCUUCCCCAGUACAGGAAUCAGAGUCAGGAACCUCUUCAAUGUGGUCGACUGUAAACUACACUGGCAGAGACAGGGAGACUACCUCUGUGUCAAGGUGGACCGCACACCUAAAGGAACUCAGGGUUAUGAGAUGGGUGAGAGGCAUAGGGAAAAGGGGGGGGAAAGCGUGAGGGGGUGGGGAUGGGGGUGUAAAUGUUGACCUGCAUGUUGUUAGACACCCUAGUUUACAAGUUACCCCUCUAUCCCUCUCAGGUUGUGACCCAACUUUAGAUUCUUCACGAUAGUGAGAAGCAGGUUCCUGUUGACGUGGUCGAGAUGAAGGGAGACCCGGAAUCCAAAACUGGUACUACACUGACGAGACGGACAGACAGACAGACACACACUCUGACAAGACAGACAGACAGAAACACACUCUGACAAGACUGGGUAUAGUAACACCACUAGGUAUACUAACACCACUGGGUAUAGUAACCCACCCACUGGGUUAGUAACACCACUGGGUAUAGUAACACCACUGUAAACCACGGUAUAGUAACACCACUGGGUUAGUAACACCACUGGGUAGUAACACCACUGGGUAUAGUAACACCACUAGGUAUAGUAACACCACUGGGUAUAGUAACACCACUAGGUAUAGUAACACCACUAGGUAUAGUAACACCACUAGUAACACCACUGGGUGUAGUAACACCACUGGGUAUAGUAACACCACUGGGUAUAGUAACACCACUAGGUAUAGUAACACCACUGGGUAGUAACACCACUAGGUGUAGUAACACCACUGGGUGUAAGUAACACCACUGGUUAGUAAACACCACUGGGUAUAGUAACACCACUGGGUUAGUAACACCACUGGGUUAUACACCAACCACUGGGUAUAGUAACCCACUGGGUAUAGUAACACCACUAGGUGUAGUAACACCACUGGGUAUAGUAACACCACUAGUAACACCACUAGGUGUAGUAACACCACUGUAGUAACACACAACCACUGGGUUAGUACACCACCACUAGGUAUGUAAAAAAACACACUGGUAUAGUAACACCACUGGGUAUAGUAACACCACUGGUUAUCUAGUAACACCACUGGGUUUAGUAACACCACUAGUAUAACACUACCGCUUGUAAAUAGUAACACCACUGGUAUAGUAACACCACUAGUAACACCACUGGUAUAGUAACACCACUGGGUAUAGUAACACCACUAGUAACACCACUAGGUAUAGUAACACCACUAGGUAUAGUAACACCACUAGGUAUAGUAACACAACUAGGUAUAGUAACACCACUAGGUAUAGUAACACCACUGGGUAUAGUAACACCACUAGGUAUAGUAACACCACUGGGUAUAGUAACACCACUAGGUAUAGUAACACCACUGGGUAUAGUAACACCACUAGGUAUAAGGGUUAACACCACUAGUAACACCACUGGUAUAGUAACACAACUAGGUAUAGUAACACAACUAGAUAGUAACACCACUGGGUAUAGUAACACCACUAGUAACACCACUGGGUAUAGUAACACAACUGGGUAUAGUAACACCACUGGGUAUAGUAAUACCACUGGGUAUAGUAACACCACUAGGUGUAGUAACACCACUGGGUAUAGUAACACCACUAGGUGUAGUAACACCACUGGGUAUAGUAACACCACUGGGUAUAGUAACACCACUGGGUAUAGUAACACCACUGGGUAUAGUAACACCACUAGUAACACCACUGGGUAUAGUAACACCACUAGGUAUAGUAACACCACUAGGUAUAGUAACACCACUAGGUAUAGUAACACCACUGGGUAUAGUAACACCACUGGGUAUAGUAACACCACUAGUAACACCACUGGGUAUAGUAACACCACUAGUAACACCACUGGGUAUAGUAACACCACUAGGUAUAGUAACACCACUGGGUAUAGUAACACACACUAGGUAUAGUAACACCACUGGGUAUAGUAACACAACUAGGUAUAGUAACACAACUAGGUAUAGUAACACCACUGGGUAUAGUAACACCACUAGUAACACCACUAGGUAUAGUAACACCACUGGGUAUAGUAACACAACUAGGUAUAGUAACACCACUGGGUAUAGUAACACCACUGGGUAUAGUAACACAGCCACUGGGUAUAGUAACCAAAAACCCAUAGGUAUAGUAACCCACCACUGGUAUAGUAACACACUGGGUAUAGUAACACCACUGGUAUAGUAACACCACUAGGUAUAGUAACACCACUGGGUAUAGUAACACCACUGGGUAUAGUAACACCACUGGGUAUAGUAACACAACUGGGUAUAGUAACACCACUGGGUAUAGUAACACCACUAGUAACACCACUGGGUAUAGUAACACAACUGUGGUAUAGUAACACACUAGGUAUAUAACACCACUGGGUAUAGUAACACCACUGGGUAUAGUAACACCACUAGUAAACACCACUGGGUAUAGUAACACCACUAGUAACACCACUGGGUAUAGUAACACCACUGGGUAUAGUAACACCACUAGUAACACCACUGGGUAUAGUAACACCACUAGUAACACCACUAGGUAUAGUAACACCACUAGUAACACCACUGGGUAUAGUAACACCACUGGGUAUAGUAACACCACUGGGUAUAGUAACACCACUGGGUAUAGUAACACCACUAGUAACACCACUAGGUGUAGUAACACCAGUGUUGUCCCCCCCUAGCGGAGAGCAUCAUAGCGUUUGCGUGGGAGCCUAACGGCAGCAAGUUUGCCGUCCUGCACGGUGAAUCUCCCAGAAUCAACGCCUCCUUCUACCACGUCAAGAACAACGGGAAGAUAGAACUCAUCAGUGAGUAACAACCUUUACAUUAAAAUAUCACACAUAGAAAGGAACUCAAACCUUAAACAUUGUAUUGACUGUAUCUCUCUCCCCCUUCCUCUCUCCCCCUUCCUCUCUCCCCCCCUCCCCCCUCCCCCCCCUCCCCUCCUCCCCCUCCCUCCUCUCCCCCCCUCCCUCCUCUCUCCUCCCCCUCCUCCUCUCUCUUCCCCCCCCCUCCUCCUCCUCCUCCCCCUCCCUCCUCCCCCUCCCCCUCUCUCCCUCCUCCCCUCUCCCCUCCCCCCCUCUCCGUUCUCCCCUCUCGCCCGCUCUUCGACCUCCAUCUCUUCUGCUGCUCAGCCGCUCCAUCCCCUUCCUUCAUCUCGUGUCCCUUCCCUCUCCUCUCCUAUACCUUUCUCUACCUCCUCCUUCCCUUCCUCUGUCUCUCCUCCUCCCCAGAUUUUGACAGAGCAGGCCACGCAUCUUCUGGGUCCUCAGGACGUCAUGUGUUGGCUGGACUCAGAAGUUCUGACGUGCUGGAUAUUUAGACUGGCGAACCUGUCUCUUCAGUGUCUGUGGGUUAACCCCUUCCUCCUCCCCCAACAGAACCGGGCUAUUUGACUGGACGACCUGCCUCUUCAGUGUGUGUUAACCCUGUCCUCUCCCCCAGUAUGAACGGGGCGUAUUUAGACUGGACGACCUGUCUCUUCAGUGUGUGUGUUAACCCUGUGCUCUCCCCCAGUAUGAACGGGGCGUAUUUAGACUGGACGACCUGUCUCUUCAGUGUGUGUUAACCCUGUGCUCUCCCCCAGUAUGAACGGGGCGUAUUUAGACUGGACGACCUGUCUCUCCCAGGGUGUGUGUUAACCCUGUGCUCUCCCCCAGUAUGAACGGGGUGGAUUUAGAUGGACGACCGGUCUCUUUCAGUGUGUGUGGUCUAACCCUGUUGCUCUCCACCAGUAUGAAAGGGGACGUAUUUUGACUGGACGGACCUGGUACUCUUCAGUGAGGUGUAACCUGUGCUCUCCCCCCAGUAUGAACGGGGCGUAUUUAGACUGGACGACCUGUCUCUUCAGUGUGUGUGUUAACCCUGUGCUCUCCCCCCAGUAUGAACGGGGCGUAUUUAGACUGGACGACCUGUCUCUUCAGUGUGUGUGUUAACCCUGUGCUCUCCCCCAGUAUGAACGGGGCGUAUUUAGACUGGACGACCUGUCUCUUCAGUGUGUGUGUUAACCCUGUGCUCUCCCCCAGUAUGAACGGGGCGUAUUUAGACUGGACGACCUGUCUCUCUGUGUGUGUUAACCCUGUGCUCUCCCCCAGUAUGAACGGGGCGUAUUUAGACUGGACGACCUGUCUCUUCAGUGUGUGUUAACCCUGUGCUCUCCCCCAGUAUGAACGGGGCGUAUUAGGGCUGGGACCCUUCUCUUCACCUGUGUGGUUACCCUGUGCUCUUCCCCAGUAUGACGGGGAUCUACUGGGCGAGUACCUGGUCACCCUUCCUACCCUGACGCACCAUGAUAACAUGCUGAACACUGUACCCUGGCUGGUGGAGUCACAGGGUACCCCCCCCCCCCCCACACCUACACACAGAUACCUGGUCACCUCGGUGUCCUGGUGGAGUCACAAGGUAACCCCCCCCCCCCCACACACACACACACACACACAAUAAUACCUGGUCACCUCGGUGUCCUGGUGGAGUCACAAGAUACCCCCCCCCCCCCACACACACACACACACACACAAUAAUACUUAGUCACCUCGGUGUCCUGGUGGAGUCACAAGGUACCCCCCCCCCCCCCCACACACACACACACACACACAAGGAAUAAACUCCAACUGCCAUGUUUUUUAAAUGGAGGUCCAAAAGAAGGGUGGUUUGCACCACAACACGCAGACAGAACUUCAGAAAAUCCCUCGUUUUGUUGAUGUCCUUUUUCUGUAUUUAUUUGAGGUUGAAUAGAAGAACGGUGUGUUUUUUACCUGAGCCGUAUAAAGUGUAUUUGAAAGGGGUCGUCUCUCCACCAGGUGGACAACGCCUACUGGCUCUGGACCUUCCAGGGUCGUCUCCUCCAGAAGAACAACAAGGAUCGCUUCUGUCAGCUGCUGUGGAGACCUCGUCCCGCUACCCUGCUCACACAGGACACCAUCAAGGUACGUACUGGGUGGGGGGGGGGGGGGGGGGUUAAUGUGUGUGUGGCCCCAGUAUUUAUAAAGGGGAUUUACUCUGGCAUCAAUAUUGUUAAAACCAAAAGAAUCCAAAACUCGCUCAGUGUCUUGACAAGUAGUGACUUCUGUCUAAACUUCUGUGUGUUGAAAGAGUUUUGUUGUUAUGUGUCUAUGACUGCCUUGCCAUGGGCUUAGCUGGGACCCCUUGGUUUUGACAGUCGUGUAACAUGUUUCGUCUGGGUUUCCAUACGUGUAAUAAUGAAUAGAAUUACUCCCCAGGUGAUCAAGAAGGACCUGAAGAAGUACUCCAAGAUCUUUGAGCAGAAGGAUCGUCUGAGCCAGUCGAAGGCCUCUAAGGAGCUGGUGGACAAGAGGAGGAGUAUGAUGGAGGACUAUCGUAGCUACAGAGAGACUGCCCUGCAACAACACGAGGACCAGAAGUCCGCCCGCCUGCAACUCAGAGGAGGUACGUAGAACCCUCCGUCUCCACCUCUAUCGGCCCUGACACUUUCAUCCAACUGCCUCACUACAGAAACAGGAGAUAGACUCCUACCCUAUGGGCCGUUCUGGACCAGCAUUACUGCUACAGAAACAGGAGAUAGACUCCUACCCUAUGGUCCGUUCUGGACCAGCAUUACUGCUACAGAAACAGGAGAUGGACUCCUACCCUAUGGGCCGUUCUGGACCAGCAUUACUGCUACAGAAACAGGAGAUGGACUCCUACCCUAUGGGCCGUUCUGGACCAGCAUUACUGCUACAGAAACAGGAGAUAGACUCCUACCCUAUGGGCCGUUCUGGACCAGCAUUACUGCUACAGAAACAGGAGAUAGACUCCUACCCUAUGGGCCGUUCUGGACCAGCAUUACUGCUACAGAAACAGGAGAUAGACUCCUACCCUAUGGGCCGUUCUGGACCAGCAUUACUGCUACAGAAACAGGAGAUAGACUCCUACCCUAUGGGCCGUUCUGGACCAGCAUUACUGCUACAGAAACAGGAGAUAGACUCCUACCCUAUGGCCCGUUCUGGCUUGGACCAGGCUGACUAAGCGUAACCCCUGAACUCUCUCUGUCUCUAGGAGUGGACACUGAUGAGCUGGACAGUAACACAGAUGACUGGGAGGAGGAGACCAUCGAGUUUUUUAUCAACGAAGAAAUCAUUCCCCUCGGAGAGUAGUCCCCUACGCAGGUAACACACACACACACACUACCUAAACACACUACCUACACACACUAUCUGGCUGUGGUUUUGACGGUCUCUCUCCCUCCCUCUCUCCCUCUCCAGUUCCAUUUUUGCGUGGGGACUAGAGGGGGCGUUGCGUUGUCGACUGGAGGAGGAAAACCUACGCUCAGAAUCUUUGGAGUCGCCAGAGUUCCACCAUUCUCUCUUUGUGACAUCAUCAAAGCGUGCCUUGUGGUAUAGCGACUACAGCAAGCUAGCAACUGAAGGAGGGAGGGGGGAGGGAGGGAGGGAGAAUAGAAGAGUUCUCCCUAGUUAGUUUCUUCUCAUCUAGCCUCUCGCCUACUUUCCAUCCUUCUUAUCUUGGCUCCACCCCCUGCAGUCUUAACUGUCGUUACCAUGGGAACGGCCACACCUUACCAUAAGGAGAUGAGGACGGGGCGU